UCAAACUCACCAGCACUAUCAACCACUAUGUUACACGAAGUCGUCGCCGUAGCGUUUCUCGUCGCCACAGGGUCGGUCUCGGCAUCACCGACCCUUAAGGCCGGCUGCACAGUAAGCAACUACGAUGACGUGGCAGGCGCCGUAUCCAGCUGCACCGAAAUCGUCAUCAAAGACAUGACGGUUCCUGCGGGAAAAGCCCUCGACAUGAGCCUCAAAUCCGGCACCAAGCUGACGUUCCAGGGAAAAAUCUCGUUCGCCAAGUCCAACUGGGAAGGGCCCCUGAUCCAGAUAAAGGGCAGCAAGCUGACGGUUCAGGGCGCGUCCGGACACGUUCUGGACGGCCAGGGUCAGCUUUACUGGGACGGUAAGGGCAGCUCGGGAACGAAGAAGCCCAAAUUUUUCCGCAUCAAGGCGACCGGAGGGUCCGUGUUCAAAGACAUCAACCUCCUCAACUGCCCGGUCCAGUGCGUGUCGAUCAAUUCGGCAAGCGACCUCACGGUGUCCGGGUUUAACAUCGACGUGUCCGCCGGAGACUCGGGAGAUUUGGGUCACAAUACCGACGGUUUCGACAUUUCUUCUUCGAACAACAUCGUUGUCAAGGAUUCGGUCGUGAAAAAUCAGGACGACUGCGUAGCCGUCAACCAGGGUUCCAACAUGGUGUUCCAGAACUUGGAUUGUUCCGGGGGCCACGGCUUGAGCCUGUCCGUAGGGUUCGACGACAACGACGCGUCGAAAAACACAGUGAAAAACGUAACCUUCACGGAUUCGUCAGUCAAAAACUCCCGCAACGGCAUACACGUUAAAACCCAUUCCGAUUCCGGACCCGGAUUGAUCCAGGACGUCACUUACAAGAACAUCAAGCUGUCGAAUAUCGAGCGGUAUGGCAUCAACGUGCAGGAAGAUUACGAAGACGGAUCUUCUAGCGGGAACGCCAAGGGAAACAUCCCGAUCAAAAAUCUGAGAAUGAAUUCGGUGACAGGCACGAUGACGGGAUCGAACAGUAUCGCAGUUUAUAUACUGUGCGGUAGCGGAGGAUGCUCGAGCUGGAACUGGGACGGCGUGAACAUCACCGGCAACAAAAAGUCCAAUUCUUGUAAUUUCUCAGUCACCGGGUUCAAAUGUUAGUUAAUAUUAAGUUUAUAUAUAAUAGUACCAUGUGACCUAAAUAAAUGGCAUUUUAUUUC